AUCGAGCCCGCGUUCCUUUGCCCUGGGACCGGAGCACAGCAGCCCCGGAGGCGGGCUACCGGAGGGUGAGCGCCGGGGCCAAUCAGCGUGCGAGGGCGGGGUGGCCUGAGGGCGGGCCCUCCCCGUAACCCUUUCCUGCCCGAGCGGCUCUGCCUGCGAAGGCGCAGGCGCUGUCUUACUGCGGUGGCCCCCAAGUCCCCUGUACCGCCAUGUCGUCCUGUGGGGCGGAAUGGGGAGGACCGGGAAGGACCGCACAAGAGGAGCAGAGGUUGGGUUGUCCAGAGGCCGGACCAGGACGAGAAGGAUAACGCUGGAAGUGUCCCGUUACCUGAAUUUCCAUGAGUCUCGCACCUCAGGACAGGGAUUCGCUGCUGCCCGGGGCUGAGCGGGCGUGUAGGGCAUGGGUGUUGGGGAGAAGUUGCAGGGGACGUGGCGCCCUUCUGGCCUUCAGCCUUGGCUGUGUGUCUACGAGGACCUAGGGGCCCCGCGCUUGGACUGACAGGCCUUGGGGAGCUGAAUGUGGGCCCCAGGCCACAAACUGUCAGAACAGAAGUGAAGGGCGGCGGUAUUGGAAACGCAGAACUUGGGGUAGGGGUGACAGCUCACAGGCUGGAAAACUGAAACGUGAGGAAAGGCCAUAGGCUGUUUCUGGGCUAUUGCUGAGAGGUGGGAAAGACCCUGACAUGCACCCACCAUCCAGUCCCCGAGAAGACAAACCCCACACUGAUGCCCCAGGGCCCGGGUCUCCAGGCCAGCCCUGCCCCUGGAAUCCAUACUUUUUGCUUCUCCAGACCAGAAGUCAGGGAGCCUUCAGCGACCACGGAUUCCCUGGACACCCCUACAGCCCUGUACCCACUCAGCUGAGGCAGCGCCAGCACCAACUCGGACAAGGACAGAGCCCCUGGACUGCCAGGUUCCUCGCCGAGGAGGUGGAGGAGAAAUCCAUCAGCUGGAGCCUGAGCAUGGCCUAAGGGCCAGGCCAUCAGUCCCGGGAUGCCCCUGCCUGAGCCCAGUGAACAGGAAGGUGAGAGCGUGAAGGCCGGCCAGGAGCCCUCCCCUGAGUCCCCUGAGAUGGGCGCAGAUGUCGUCCCCACAGCCCCCACAAAACCCAAGGAGUUCUCCAAACUGGUCUUGCUGGCGGCUUCCACUGAGAAUGAGGAUGGAGUGGACUCCCAGCCCAAAGGAGUGCACUGUGUCUUAUCCCUGGAGAUGUCUGGGCCUGACACCUUGGCUGGGACCCCUCAGAUCCUGCAAGUAGAGGAACAGGGAGGGGCAGUCCAGCCAAGUCCCCAGGUCGCCGAACAGAAACACAGCAAACCAGACACAGCAGCCCCCAAGCCCCUGGAGUUCCUGAAGACCCCAUUUGGUGGCCGACUGCUGGUGCUGGAGUCCUUUCUGUACAAGCAGGAGAAAGCCGUGGGGGACAAGGUGUACUGGAAAUGCCGUGAGCACACCGAGUUGGGCUGCCGGGGCCGGGCCAUCACCCGUGGCCCGAGGGCCACCAUAAUGCGGGGCCACUGCCACCCACCCGACGAGGAGGGCCUGGAGGCCCGGCGCCAGAGACAGAAGCUGCCCAGCCCGGCCCUGCCGGAUGGCCUGGGGGGUCCCCAGGGCCCUGGCUGCCAAGCGGAGGAGCUGCUGGAGGGAGUGGGCCCGUGGCUGUGCCCAGAGGAGCCAGAGCCCACCCCGGGGCUGGUGCUGAGCAAGCCAGCCCCUGAGGAGGAUGAGAGGCUCCGAGCCCUGUCACUGCUGAGCUUGCCUCCCAAGAAACGCCCGACGCUGGGGACUGGAGAGUCCAGGCCCCUGGAGUUCCUGAGGACCUGCUAUGGGGGCAGCUUCCUAGUGCACGAGUCCUUCCUGUACAAGCGGGAGAAGGCUGUGGGGGACAAGGUGUACUGGACGUGCCGGGACCACACACUGCACAGCUGCCGCAGCCGGGCCAUCACCCAGGGCCAGAGGGUGACCGUGAUGCGUGGCCACUGCCACCCGCCCGACGUGGAGGGCCUGGAGGCCCGGCGGCAGCAGGAGAAAGCCAUGGAGACCCUGCAGGCCAGGCCAGGUGGUCCCGGGGGCCAGGUGGACAAGCUGCUCCAAGGUGUGGACAGCCUGCUUUACCGCCGGGGGCCCAGCACCCUGACUCUCACCAGGCCCCGGCCCAGAAAGCGUCCAAAGGUCAAAGAUCAGGGCCUUCUGGCCCAGCCCCAAGACCUGCAGGGAACCCUGGCCGAAGACCAGGACCAGGACGAGGACCCGGGAGGCCCAGAGUUCCUGAAGACCCCUCUAGGGGGCAGCUUCCUGGUGUACGAGUCCUUCCUGUACAGGCGGGAGAAGGCAGCCGGGGAGAAGAUGUACUGGACAUGCCGGGACCAGGCCCGCAUGGGCUGCCGCAGCCGGGCCAUCACCCAGGGCCAGCGGGUAACCGUGAUGCGUGGCCACUGCCAUCCACCUGACCUGGCAGGCCUAGAGGCCCUGAGGCAGCGGGAGAAACGCCCUGGUACAGCCCAGCGAGGGAGCCCAGGCACCCAGAGAUGGGGGAGAUGGAGCUCUGCCUUCAGGGGCCUCCGCCUCACUAGUCUCCCACCUCCCUUCUCUCCCAGGCUCAGGAAAGGAGCCCCAGGCAGCUCAGGAGGCCCAGAGUUCCUGAAGACCCCUCUAGGGGGCAGCUUCCUGGUGUACGAGUCCUUCCUGUACAGGCGGGAGAAGGCAGCCGGGGAGAAGGUGUACUGGACGUGCCGAGACCAGGCCCGCAUGGGCUGCCGCAGCCGGGCCAUCACCCAGGGCCAGCGGGUGAUGGUGAUGCGCAGGCACUGCCACCCACCCGACCUGGGGGGCCUGGAGGCCCUGAGGCAGCGGGAGCAGCUCCCCAGCCCGGCUCAGAGGGAAGGCUCAGAAGCCCUCCAGCCUCUGGAGUUCCUGAGGACUUCCCUCGGGGGCAGGUUCCUGGUGUACGAGUCCUUCCUCUACAGGAAGGAGAAGGCGGCUGGGGAGAAGGUGUACUGGAUGUGUCGGGACCAGGCCCGGCUGGGCUGCCGCAGCCGGGCCAUCACCCAGGGCCAGCGGGUGACCGUGAUGCGCAGCCACUGCCAUUCGCCGGACCUGGCAGGCCUGGAGGCCCUGAGGCAGCGGGAGCGGCUCCCCAGCCCGGCCCAGCAGGAGGACCCAGAAAAGAUAAAGCUUCUGCCCGAAGUUCAACUGUGCUGCAAGACUUGUUCUCCUGAAAGCCAACAGAGUUACGGGGAGGUGGAAGAUACAAAACAUGACGGUCUCUCAGGAUGGUGUCUCCGUGCUGGCCAAGAAAAGCACCAGGAGCUGGCGGCCUGCAGCUGUGUGUGAUGCGGGGGUGUUGUGGGGGAGGCCACAACCUCCAAGAGAUCUGAAGAAGCAUCUUUCACCAAAACACCUCUCCCCUGCUCUGUCGCUUCAAGCUGCAAACACCCACCACGUCCAGAGCCUUCAGCUUCGCCAAGGACAUUCUUGUUGAGUGCGGUCCUGUUUCGGCUCCACAAAGUCGAAAGUCAUUGAGGAGGCCCCUUCAAGACAAAGGUGGGGCAGGUGUGGGGAAGUUCUUGCUUCUUCAGGCUGAACCACUCUGCCCAGUUCCAGCCACCCAGGUGUUUUCCGGACAGGUGCCAAGUGGGCCUUCGCACUCCUUGGCCACCUGCUGCCAGGGCGUGGCUGUCCCUGCCGGAACAGAGGACGCCAAAACCAGAGUCCUAGCUCCACCCUCUGUUGGAUUUCUUUUGCUGUUUUUCAACUGAAAUUAAACCCAGUGUCGACAAUGCCCACGGGAGGUGGUGUUCCUGGCAGUGGGAGCCUGCCCGACGUCUGCAGGGAGCCAGCGCUGGGCAGAGGCUACGUGGCUGAGGCCAGCGGGGCCCUGGGUCGCCCACGUUUGCCUGAUGCAGGAGGAAAGGCAGACCAGAAGGAUCCCCUUCUCCUGUCUAGUAGCACAGCUGGGAGCCAGCCUACAGUCCGGAAGAUACAGGCUGAUGUCCCCAAUGAACUCCAGAGGUUGCUGCUUGCUAACAGGGUUGCAUCCUCCACAGCAGGCUCCUUGCCCCAACCCUGUAAUUACAGAGGAAGCCCACAGUGCAGGCUCCCUGUCUCGUGGCAAGCUGGCCUUGCAGCCUGCCAUCCAGCUACAGCACAGUGAUAGCUCGCUGUCCCUCUGCCUAUACAUUUCCCGCAAUAAACUCUAUUUUAUAUCUCA